GCUAAUUUCCAUGCAAAGGAGUACGAUGAAAUCGCUUGGCAAAGCCAAAUGGAUAUCAAUUAAAGCACCAUGUGAUCGCAGUGCAAGUUGUCAAUUGAAACGGAAGUGCGGCGUGGCAUCUGGUUUAAAUAUACGAAAUAUGUGAAAGGCAAACAAAGUCGAGUGGAAAAUAACUGAAUAAUUAAAAACAUGAACGUCGAUAUAUAAAAUCCACAGCUGUAUAAUUAUUUCGGCGACAAGUAACUAAAAAAUAUAGGCAUUUUGGCGAAUUUAUUCAAAACGCAAAUUGAGUGCUGCGCGAAUUCCAGUUUCAAGAUUUCAAACCCAUUUUCAAAAUUUAAAUAAUAAAACAAUCAUAAGCCUUUCUCCGGCUGUGAAAUUUUACGGGUAUCACAGGAUAAUCGCCUACACUUGAUGACUUAAAUCUAUAUUUCUACGAAAAUAAAAAUAAAAGCUGCAAACUGUGAGGUUCAAACAAAAAUGAAACAUCUCGUAGUGCUUUGCAUAUUUUCACUCUUUGCCAAAGAUGCACAAAGCCUGCUGUUAAGCCAAAUGGAUUGGAAGAAUCUGCGCAACAGUGGGGCCCUGGACCUAAAUGUUUUGCGUUGCUUCCUGCGCGACAAAAACUUUUGCCCCAGUCCACAUAUCGAUCACCGACUGUACGCUCCCAAUGGGCCGCGACGAGGAACAGCGUUGAAUGUCAAGAACCCAUUGAGCCUAUAUAAAGGCGGUUUCAGUAAGAACCGCGAAACAGUCUUCAUUAUUCACGGUUUCAAUGGAACCGCCAUCGACAUUCACCUGCAAUUUCUCAGGGAUGCGUACUUGUCGCGCGACUUCAACGUCAUCACCGUGGACUGGCGACCGCUGACCCGCUAUCCGUGCUACCUCCACUCGCUGAUCAACACCAGGCUGACGGCGCAGUGCACCGCCCAGAUCUACGCCUUCCUCACGCACUACGGAGCCGUUCGGGAGCGGAUCACCUGCGUGGGCCACUCCCUGGGCGCCCACAUCUGCGGCAUGAUCAGCAACCACCUGACGCGGAAGCAGUACCGCAUCAUCGGGCUGGAUCCCGCCCGGCCUCUGAUAGAGCGCAACAAGAGCAACACCUUCCGGUUGACGAUCGACGACGCCAGUGUCAUCCAGGUGAUCCACACCAAUGCAGGAUUCCUGGGGCAGGAGGACAACACCGGGCACCUCAACUACUGCGUCAACGGCGGACGCAUCCAGCCCUUCUGCAAGGGGAAUCCCAUCAGAAGGUCCCGCUGCUCCCAUUUUCUGAGCAUCUGCUACCUGGCCACGGCCACUUUCAAGCACAAGAAGUUCAUGGGGGUUCCUUGUCCCAACGGCUGCCUGAAUCUCAGCGGAUCCAAGAGGCUGCCCGUCAGUGGGAAAAUAAACCCCUUCGAGUUCGCCUCGCUGCUGAGGGAGUACCACAUGGGAAACGACGCCCCCGAUGACGCCCGAGGCUGCAUUUGCAUAGAUGUGCCGUAUGCCAAGCACUGCCCCUUCACGGACGCGUAGCAGCUGCUCUUCAGUAGGCCGUAAUUCUCUUAUAGA